UUGCUUCCACCCUCCUUCGUACCCCGCCCCCCCCGGCACCCCGCCUUCCUCCCCGGUCUCCCUCCCCCCCAGGGCGGUCGUGCUGGCGGUGGCGGUGCUGAGCGGGACCGCAUGCGCGUUGCCAUCCUGGACGAGGCCAACAUCGUGUGCUCCACUCUCUCAUUCGCGGGCAGCUCGGUGUUCUACAGGCUGAGUCGCAAGUUCGAUGUGGUGGUGAUCGACGAGGCGGCCCAGGCGGUGGAGCCAUCCACACUGGUGCCGCUGGUCAUGGGGUGCAAGCAGGUGUACCUGGUGGGCGACCCGGUGCAGCUGCCCGCCACCGUCAUAUCCACCCGCGCAGUGGAGCAGGGCUACGACUGCUCGCUGUUCAAGAGGCUGCAGACCGCAGGCUACCCGGUCCGUGUGCUAGACACGCAGUACCGCAUGCACCCAGACAUCGCCGCCUUCCCCAGCUCCGAGUUCUACAGCGGCAGGCUGCUCAACGGAGAGGGUGUGUUGGAGGAAACCCGGCAGCCCUGGCACAGCCAGCCCGCAUUCGGCCCCUUCGCCUUCUACGAUGUGGCAGGCAGGGAGUCCACACCACCCGGGGGGGCGUCCAUCAUGAACAAGGCCGAGGCCCACAUGGUGCUGGUGGUGUACCGCGAGCUCGUACACGCCUACCCGCAGCUGCGGCGUACGGCAAGCGUGGCGGUCAUCUCGCCGUACAAGGCCCAGGUGAAGCUGCUGCGCGACUCCUUCCGUACGGCCCUGGGCGAGGAGGCGGCGCGACUGGUGGACAUCAACACCAUUGAUGGAUUCCAGGGUCGUGAGAAGGACAUCUGUAUCUUCUCCGCCGUACGCUCCCCCGUGGCGCCCAAGAAGGGGGGCAGGAGGCCGGGUAUUGGUUUCGUGGCGGACGAGCGGCGAGUCAACGUGGGCCUCACCCGAGCGCGCUGCUCGCUGAUCGUGAUUGGGAACAUGCGG